AACUUCAUUUCUUCAGGGACCAAUCUUUCAUGAUGGGAUGAAAGAAUGGAGCUGUUGCAAGAAAAGAAGUCAUGAUUUCAGCCUGUUUUUGGAAAUUCCAGGAUGUAAGACCGGAAAACAUACAUCCGAAAAGCAAGUGAUUGCACCGGUUAAGAAGGCUACUGUGGCUGCUCCAACUGCAGCUCCUUCAACCAAUGCAUCGGCAAAGGACUCUUGUUCUAGGUGUCGGCAGGGAUUCUUUUGCUCAGAUCAUGGUUCACAAGUCAAACCUGUAAAUACUGUUGGAGACAACCCUGGAAGUGUUGCCGGACAUGCCUGCGCUGAGACCAAUUCAAGUGUUCAGGAUCCAAAGGAUCCUAAGAAGAUAGUCGAUAUAAACGAGCCCCAAGUGUGUAAAAAUAAAGGGUGCGGCCAAACUUUCAAGGAGAAGGAUAAUCAUGAGACUGCUUGCAGCUACCAUCCUGGCCCCGCGGUGUUUCACGACCGGAUGAGAGGGUGGAAGUGCUGUGACAUUCACGUGAAAGAAUUUGAUGAGUUUAUGAGUAUUCCUCCAUGCACAAAGGGAUGGCAUAAUGCUGACCCUGAUCAAUGAAGACUCCAACCACCCACAAUAUUGGGUUUUUAUCAGUCUCAUUCAAUUUUCUUUACAAGCUGUGACUGAAAUUUGAAACAAUCAAUCUUGCUGUCGUUUUCCCUCCUCCUCCCCCCACAAAAAAAAAAAAAAAAGAAUCCCAUUACUCCCUCUCAAGUAGUGAACCUUGGUGGUUUCAGUUCGUAAGAAGCCACAACAUAAGACUGAGAUAACUGUAACGUUUAGAUAUGGAUUUGUUGUCAAUUGUUCCUUGAAUGUCACAAUGUGCUUCUGCAUUUCUAUUUUGGACCUAUCUAAUAUUGAAAUAUAAACUUUGGUUUUCUUGU